UGAGUUAGUCCUCUGUGACAUUUUGUGAAAGGCAGUCCUUUAUCAACAUGGCUAGUCGCAAAAGAGUGUUUGACUUAUUGAGGACUGUUAAUCAAGCAGCAUGCAAAUGUCCAGCACACGGUCACCGGGGUAAUGUCCAAGUAUCUAAUGCGACCCCUAUACCAUCCACUGCAUUUGAGAUCAAACACUCAACCGUCCGUUAUGGCAUCGGAGUCACACAAGAGGUUGGAUAUGACUUAGUUAACCUAGGAGCCAAGAGUGUGUGCGUCAUGACGGACCCAAACGUCGCAAACCUGAGCCCCAUGAAAGCAGUACUGGAAGCACUCACAAAGUCUGGAGUCAACUAUAAGGUGUAUGAUAAUGUUCAUGUGGAACCAACGGAAACUAGUUUCAAGGACGCAAUAAAGUUCGCCCAAGAGAAUGACUUUGACAGCUUCCUGGCAGUCGGUGGAGGUUCCACCAUGGACACUUGCAAGGUUGCCAACCUGCUGUCCUGCUAUCCAGGCUCGGAACUGAUGGACUUCGUCAACGCCCCCGUUGGGAAGGCCAAGCAGAUCGACAAAGUCUUGAAGCCUAUGAUAGCUAUCCCAACAACCAGUGGAACCGGCAGCGAAACGACCGGCGUCAGCAUCUUCGACUGCGAAACCAUUAAAGCCAAGACUGGAAUCGCAGGCGGCGCCCUCCGCCCGCUCCUGGCCAUAAUAGACCCUCUCCACACCCUGACAGUACCGCAAACUGUGGCCAACUAUGCUGGCUUCGAUAUCUUCUGUCACGCCUUGGAGAGUUUCACGGCGAUACCUUAUACGAAGCGGGAGCCGUUUCCCAGUCCGGCCGCGAGAUCUCAAGCUUAUCAAGGCAGUAAUCCUAUAUCUGAUGUUUGGGCCAGAUUUUGUCUGCAGACUAUCCAAAAAUACUUCGCUCGCGCAGUAUAUAACGCAGAUGACCUCGACGCCCGUUCAGGCAUGCACCUCGCAGCAACUAUGGCCGGCGUCGGUAUCGGUAACGCCGGCGUGCAUCUCUGCCACGGACUCGCCUAUCCCAUCGCGGCGCGGGGCAAGAAAUUUAUACCGAAGGACUAUGGGAAAAAGCCCAUGAUCCCCCACGGCCUCUCAGUCGUGGUGACCGCCCCAGCAGUGUUCCGCUUCACCGCCGUCAGCGACCCUGACAAGCACCUCGAAGCCGCUAGCCUCCUCGGAGCUGAUACCACUGGCGUCAAGCAGGCAGAUGCUGGGAAAUUGCUGGCCGAUACCAUACUCAAGUACAUGGAUUUGAUGAAGAUUGAGAACGGAUUGAAGGCGCUUGGGUUUUCUGGAGAGGAUAUUCCGAAUUUGGUGCAAGGAGCUCUGCCACAGCAACGGCUGUUGAAAAUAGCACCGCUCCCACAAUCAGAAGAAGAUUUAUCAAUGAUUCUAGACGAAUCAAUGACCGUCUUUUGAUAAGAAUACAUAUAUUAUCUAUGUGAUACGUAAAUGUA